AUGAUCAUUUCGUUCCUUCUCCGCUGUCAUGAUUCCAUCUGGGCCUUUCUCCAUGCCACUAUCCUCAACAUCCCUCCAUCCCGACUCUAUAUCUUCCCUACCUUGGCUGGUUCGGUCUGGUUCCUGACUCUGGCGUCCCUGCUUCUGACAUGGCUGGCUCGUGGAAUGCCCGUCUAUCCGGGCCAAAGUAAUCCUGAUGUCGCCUUCAUCUCCGACAUUGCCUCCUUCGAACUAAAACCCCUCUUCCUCAUAGGUGCCUCUAUGACCGCCGUAGGGUUCGUUUUCACGGUAGCUGCUGUGCACGUCAUGCGCUACGAGCCCGGUUUCGCCUUGGUGAAGUGUCCAGUUAUCUCUGAAGAGACUUCGAACCACCAGGGGAACAAUAAUACCUACACCCAUUCUAGCGACCACAGCCACCGAAACGCCUAUAACCACAUAACCGGAGGCGGACAUAGUGAGGAAGAAGAAGAAGAAGAAGAAGAAGAAGAAGAAGAAGAAGAAGACCAAGAAACAACCCGCACUCUCAAAGUCAUCUCCCUGCUAUCAAUCCUCGCAGCCGGAACAGCCAGCACAGCGCUCAUCCUCCUCGGGGUAAUGGAUACAUUCCGCUAUAAAUUUGCCCAUCACAUCUUCCUUCGCAUCUGCUUCGGAUGUCUUGCUAUACAGUCGGCCGGCACCGCGAUUGUUUACUCAACGGAGGUCCUGAGUUUCGUGUCGUAUCUGUACCAUUGGGGGGUAUGGGGUAACGAUUGGGGGAGAAAGAGGAGUAAUCGAGUUAGGAUAUUCGCAUCCCUCUCCACCAUCCUCAUCCUAAUACAACUCUUCCUCGGCGUGGCCUUUAUCUCCCUCACCAUUCCUGAGGACGCAAAUGACUACAGAACGGCUGGUAUCCUCGAGUGGAUCAUUGCGUUCCUGGGAACGAUCUAUCUGUGGCUCUUCUGUGGGUUCUUUGAUCGAACCUCCUUCGAAGGCUACGUCCCCAGCAUAUUAUAUAACGCGACACCCCACGGCAAAUUCCUCGGCCGUCCCGCAUUACCAGGGGUAGGAGUAGCCGAAGCUGAGUCUUCGUAUAACCCUGCUGAUGAUACUUUGGAUGUGGAUCCUGAGCGGGCGCCGUUGCUUCCUCAGUCUCACUAUCAAUCUGAGGGAGGGCCUGGGACGAGGUAUACGUAA